AGCUCAACCUUCUCUUCAGAUACCUCAAGUUUUGUAUGAAGAUCCUGAAGUCAGUGGAAGGAAUCGCUACAAAUAUUUUGCAUGCCCCCUCAUCCCUUCUGAUAAGCUGCUUCCCCCAGAUGUUGCUUAUGCAAUGGAAAAGGUGGAGCCCUGUGUCCAUUCAGCAUCAAGAGACAGUGAGGUCGUUGGUCCCAAGUUACGAACUUUGGGCACACAGACGGAUUACAGGGAUGGUGAAGCCCAGACGGAUCCCUAUUCCCCUGAAUACAUAGUUCCCAGUGGCUCAGUCCCUGAACUUCUGACACUUGCUACACUCACGUGGGGUCGGGGGCUACCAGCAGGACUAGCCGAGGUGGAGAUGAUUGAACGUGCCCGGGAAAAACGUGCAUGGGAAGCAACUCUUCCAGCCAUGGACAAUGCCUCACAAAUUGCGAAGAGAAGGAAAAUGAUGGACGAUAUGGAGAGGAAGGAGUGGGCCUUUAGAGAACAGGAAAUAGAAAAGUUGCAGGAGGUUCGACUGGAAGCCUUAAAGAAGCUGCUGCAGUGGCGGGAGAAGAAUCAGAAUGAGCUGGAUGCCAAGCGCUUGGAUGACCACUGGCAAAACCACCAGAAGGCUAAAGAGGAGAAAAUAAAGAAGAUUCAGCGUGACUGUGCACUGAUGCUCAGGAAACUGAUAGCUAAGAGGCACAAUGUGAUGGGGAAGCUGGAGAGAGGAGAUAUCAUCAGAGAGUAUACUGACUUUGCAUCACAAACGUACACUCCUUUGUCAAGAAUUGGUUAUUUCCCAGACAACCAUUCUGAGCGCUAUGUGGUAAAAAACCUGUAUCUUAACACCUUUGCAGGACUGUGUGAACUGGAAGCAUCUCUCCCAGCUUCUGUCACGCAGGUCAAGGUUAAAGCACCGACACCUAAGCACACUACCACGAAGACUGGAUUUAUUAAAAGAUCAGCAAGGCUAGAGGUGGAGCUGGCACAGGUUCACCAGGCACUGCUGGAGAAGAAGAAUAAAGGCAAGGAGGCGAAGAAGCCCCUCCAUUUCCUUGAAAAAGUAGAAAAGCCUGUUCCUCGGCCACUCACUCCAACCCUGGAAAAAGCAUCAGCUGAGGAAGAGGAAACAGAACUGGCAGUGAUUUGUCUGCAGAAGUUGCUGCGAGGCAGGGCUGUUCAGAACAUGAUGUUUGAAGGGAAGGAGAAGCGGCUGGAACUGAUCCGAGAGCUGCGCACUACUCACGCCCUCCAGGAGGACAAAGAGCUGCUUUUGAAGGCGGAGGAGCAAAGGACGCUGGUUCUACAGCAACAGCAUGACUUGCAAAUGCACAAGCUGUCUUUGGUGGAAAGCCAGUUGGCCAGGGAAGAAGGAAGGGUACUGGCGAACCUAUUUGAUUUCCUGUCCAAAGAGCUGGUGAGGCUGCAAGAAGAACGGAAGAUCCACGCUUUUGUCAUGCUGGCUGAGAGGCAAAGGCGGAUGCGGGAAGCGGAGGAGAGCGGACGUCGUCAGGUGGAAGAGAGGCAGCGUCAGGAAGAAGAUGAGAUUUUCAAACAGGUGGUGAGAGUGCACCAGAGCACUGUCGACUCCUACCUGGAAGACGUGAUCCUGAGUAGCGUGGAGGACACAGCCGCAGAACAAGCCAGGGAAGAGGUUCAGAGAAUGGCUGUGGAAAUCAAUGACAUCGCUUACGAGAUGGAAAGGCGUCGAACUCACCUACAGUCAGAAGAGAUUGUGGCAGAGCUGGUUUAUGAUUUCCUGAUUCCAGAAGCUGAGAAAAUGUCUACCAGAGAAAAAGGUAAGGAGUCUG